GACAUUUUUUAGAACUGUUCUCUCUCAUGCCUUCCUGUUCAUGUUCCAGCUUCACCUCCUAGGAAGCAGGAAACAGCCAGAGGGCAAUACACUCUAGACCUGUGUCUGAUCUACUCUCUGCCCUGGAGCUGGGAGUUGGGUUUGCAUAUGGUCCUUUUCCCAGCUUUGGUAAGGGAAUUAUUAGGGGCCACUUCCAUUUGCUUUAAGCCUUCUAUAUAGCAUCAGGCCCUUGGGACUAGAUGUUUUGUAAACCUGAGGUAAUUCGGUAAGGCCUUUUACAUAUUAGAGAAUUGAAGAAUAGAUGCACAUACCCAAAUGUGUAUAUUUGAUUAAUUAAUGUUCUUCUACUUGAGCACAAUAUAGUGACUGUCACUGUUAGCAGCACUAGUCAUGAAGGUGUUGAAGGAACAGGGAUCACCUAGCAUCUUCAUGGGCCUGAGCUUCUCUACCUCUGCCUUUGUGGCUGGGGCACUGGCCCUGGUUGAUGGUCACAGGGGCUUGUGACCACAGUCCUUUUUAUCAGUGAGACCAUGUUGCCCAGCGACCUACAGGCAGGAUUUCUCUUUCUGCAUUCCUGGUGAGCAGGGCAGAAUUUCCAGGGUCUUCAACCCAUUUCUCUUUCUUCUCCCUCAUCUCCCUCACUCCCAUUUUCCUUGUCUCCUCUUUCUGUUUCUGCCCUUCCUAUUUUCUGUCACACCCAUACCAUUUUCAAUAACAUUUGGGCAAACUCCAAGUUGCUGCUUUACAAAUCUCCAAAAUGGAGAACCCUAAAGAAGGCAUCAGAAAUAGCCUGAGGUCCGUUGGAGUGCAUUUGGAUCACAGAGUCCAAUACAGCUAGAAAUGUAGUCGGAGAGUUUGAGGUCCAGAAGCAAAACCCUUGGAUCUCUCAACUAUCCCCACAAAGAAGCAUGCAGGAAAUAGGCCAGAGCUAUUUCCACAUCCAAAGUGGCCUUGGACUUUGAACUGCGUAGCUUCUGGGAGAAAGAUCACUAAAGGAGCUUUCUGCCUAAGGUGGAACUUAAACAGGCUUUGGUAGGAAUAUAGGAUGUGUAUGGAGGACUCAGCUGGGUCAUAAGUCUCUAAGAAAGCAUAUUGUGCAAAAGCAAGAACUUGGGAGGAGAAAAUCAGGAAAGCAAAUGAGUUGCACCUGACAAGGGAAGUUAAGUAAAACUGGAUUCUAUAAAUACUUUGGUCACAAAAGUGUUUUCUUGUGUGCUGCCCCCCCCCCUUAUCCCAAAUCAACUGCUAAAUAGCCAAGGAGUUCCAUUAACAGAAGAAGAUGCAAAGAAAGAGGAGCUGUUUGACAAAUACUCUAGCUUUGUUUUUCACAAAAAAGUGUUGCUUGACUUUGCUCAAUCCUGCAUCUGCCUUGCGUGAGCUGACCAUCCACAGUACAAAUGCAAUGACAGCUCCACAGAGACACAGCCUCUUUACUCCAGAGCCUCACUACAUUCCAGGAUAUGGGGGAUUUUACCCUCAGUUCCGCUACCAAAUUGGAGAAACCUAUGGCAAAACCACAUCUCACCUGCUCACCGAUCCUAGUAUUCAGAAGAGCCCAUGCUCUGUGCUGGCACCACUGGUGAAGCCAAAGUUCUUAAAGGAUUUUAGUGACACAAAGCAUCCCAUGAACCAGAUGCUGGAUCGAGACAAAAGUUAUAUUCCUGGCUACACAGGAUUUGUUCCCUACCAAAAAGCACAGGUUGGAAUGUACUUCCCUAUACCAGCACCUGAAUCAACCCCCCCCUUAUCAAGACUUGUUCCAGCAAAGGAACAACAAUUACUGAUGAACACAGAUACUGGUGACUCCUUAUCAUUUUGUGAGAAGAACAACUUCAUCCCUUGCCAUCCUGGUAUUCGUUUGGCAUGCGGCCAUGGGUGGAAAAGUCUUUCCUGUCCUUCUGGAAAACAACUAGCCUCUGAGCAGGAAGAGAAGAAGUCAUCUUGUGAUCCUGACAUUGCUCUGGCUUGUGGGCAAGAAAAGAGCCAUGGACCCUGCCAUUCUGAAAUCGCACUUGCAUGUGGUCAGGGAUGGAACAGUUUUCCCUGCCUCCCUAGAAUCAAAGAGCCCGUCAGAAUUGAGGCAGUGGCUCUGCCUGCAGUGACUGAAGCCGUGGAUGUAAGCAGAUACUCUCAGCUCCCACAGCUGGACGUGCCCAACCUGAUCCAACGGAAAGCUAUUUCAGGUUACACUGGAUUCAUUCCCCGCUUCACCUGGAUUAUGGGUGUUAACUAUCUCAAGGGAGUUGAAGAAGCCAUGAAUGAAUUUGACAUAAAUCAGCACAUGGCAAGAAACCCAAUGUGCGCAUCUAAUAAGAGACUACCACAAACAUACUGGCCUAACAAAAGAAUUUACACCAACACUGGAUUGAUACCUUUCUACACUGGCUUUGUACCAACUAUUAGAAACAACUACAUGCUGACCUUUGGCAACAGUUCCCGAAAAGCUUACCAGAAACAAAAGCAACAAGCUCAUGCAUUUUGAAAGAUGCUUUAAUUGUCUGUACAUCAGUGGGCAUGAAGUUGUCAUGGAACAGCAAAAGAUUCACAAUACAGACAAA